UAUCACUACAACAGUACCAUGUAUACACAAAACGUUCAAAUAAUUUAAAAUGGCAGAAUUUCCCGAAUUCCUUGAGUUCGGAUAGAAACUGUGUGAAUAUAAAAUACAGAAACUUCAAAGAUGGAGAGAGUUAAGUCGGCAUUGAGUUUAAACUGUAUCAAAUCGAAAAUUCAGGGAGGCCCGACCAUUCCAGCAAUUUAUACCAAGCCGCCUUCGAAGUCUUACAAAUUGUCGGAAACUCACGACUUCUACGUCAAAGAUCUUCGGCAGCUCCCGGAAAAUUUACCACUACCUCGUCCUCCAAAUAAAUCAAAGACAGAAACAAUAGACAUUGUGGAGUACAUGCUUGUUGAUGAUAAAGCCAUACGGGUUCCCAUGACGACACUCAGCAAGCCGAUAGAGGCGCUGGUAGAAUAUCUUAUAGAAGGGUAUGACGAUGACUUGUCUAAGGUUCGAGUAUUAUUUCGUUGGUUGACCAAUCAGCCAAUAAACCGAAUGCAGGUACUAGAACACGAGCCGAAGAACAAAAACUCUGCACUUCACCAUCUAUGGAUGCUUAGAACAAAGAAACAACGAUACAGCAACACAUUUAGUGUCAUGUGCAGAUACGCCGGUUUGUACUGUGUGAUUAUACACGGAGCCGUGAAGGGAGUUAACUACCAGAUAGGAGAGAAAAUUGACAUGAGCAAACAUUACGGGGAGUGGAAUGCUGUACGUGUGGAGGGUGACUGGCGUUUUGUGGACACACUCUGGGGAGCAUGUGAUCUUAGGGACCCCGGGGACGGCCGAGGACGAUUUAAGUGUGACGAGAGAUUCUUUCUUACAGAUCCAAAGGACAUGAUAUUCACACAUUUCGCAGAGACGCCACGCUGGCAAUUACUGGAUUCUCCGAGGCAUAUAGAUUCAUUUGAAGAAACAGCAAACCUCAAAAACAGAUUCUUUGAGCUGGGAAUGCAAGUGCUGUCUCAUCCAUUGUGUGAAAUUGAGGCACAAGACGGGGAAGUAGAAGUUGUGUUUGGAAUACAACCUAAACAAGUGUCAGAACAAAAAUUUAACUGUUACAUAUCACAUUUUGACAGGCCAGAGACGAGACGCUAUUUAACAAAUGGGUCAAAUAACAGCGUCCCUAUCUUUAUUCAUAAACUUACAGACAGCUCAAUUUCCAUAAAGGUGCGAUUUCCUGAACAAGGAAUUUUUCGGAUGGAAAUUGUCGGCAAGCAGACAAAUAAAGGUAGUGUGUACAAGGAAUAUGACUGGGUGGCCGUAUAUAAAGUCCUCGUCGAAGAAUCAGCAAACACAGGAUUUCCAAAGAUGGACGCGGUCGGUUGGGGUCCUGGAAAAGACAUAUCGAAGAUAGGGCUGGCUCCUUUCAAUUACACAAGCGGCGUAAUUGUUGCCAAAAAUACACAGACUAAACUGAGGUUCAAAAUCGUGGAUACAAACCUGGUGCAGAAUAUGAAGUUCUUUUUCAAGAUGGCCUCAACAUAUGACAACGACUUUAAUAUCAAUUCGCUGAGUGACAAGUUUGAAGUUGACCUUAAUAUAAUGACAUUUUUCAUAGAAGCGCCCCCUUUCGGCGAGUACACUUUGAAAAUGUACGCACGGAAUGUUCGGGGCAACGUUCCAUUGUCUGAGAGACGGGAGAUCAACAUAUGCAACUAUCUGCUUAUCAGUGAUGUUCCUCAGCGUAACAGCCCGCUCGGGAUUUUGACGGAAAAGACGGAAAUAGCCGACGAUCCCCCAGAACGUCCGACACAGUCGAUGAAGUCUGAGCCGUUGAUAGAAAAACAACCAGAGGUUGCAGAGUCUAUUGUUAGUGCUUCAAAUGUUGUCAUGGAUACAAAUUCCCAUGCUCCUGAAAGUAUUCGCAAUUCUCCGGAUGGAAUCGACGAUACGAAAUCGCCCGAACCAAUUCCACGUGAGUCUUCGGCAAAGUCACAGACAAAGCAGACGUUUGUCCGAGUUGAUCAAGAUCUUCAGGAGAUCCCAGAAAUCCCAUUAAACGUGGUCAUGCCUGUGCAACCGGAUAAACAAACUACGUCCAAGUCGCCUGACAAGCGAGAGAUGAAAGUUGUGUCAACUAAUAAAGUUGUUCCCUUGAAAACUGCUGGUGGUGAUGACGACAGCAUAAUGUUGGUACCCGCAGAAGAAAAGGCCAAACGUCCUGCAACAGGUGUAAGAAGAACUAGGACACGUGAUGAUACAAAGUUAUAUACGGCACUUGCAAAAGUCAGAGGAGAAAAAUGAUAGUGAUAAUAUUAUGCAUGUCAAAUUUAAUAUUUCGGAUAUCUUCAGCGUUAGACCUGAGAGAAUAAAUUUUUCAUCAAGGCAAAAAUACUUACUAAUAGUGCGAUUUUCGAGCGUCAUUCAAGAAUUCAUUUAAAUGACAUUUGAUAUAACAAGAAAUGGGAAAAAUAUUUAGAACUGUUACAUGGAUUUAAAGGGAUAAGAUCGAUCUUUAGGAAGCUGGUGAAUAAACUUGCAUGACACAGCACCAAAAUAAUUGACCAUACCUGAAUCAAAACCGCAAGAUUCGCGAUUCCUGUUUUGAUCCUUUGCUAUCAUCCCAGUAUUUCUAUAAUAAUGAUGCCCCCUUUUUGUAGGUACAAAAUGUGCAUGAGAUUUAAAACGUUCGGUUUUGUUUUGUUAUAGACACAUACAUGUAUGUACGUGCCAUGUGUUUUCUUAAAUUGUCUUUAAAGUCUGUAAACAUUAUGUGUUGUUGUUGUCGUUUUUAUACAUGUACCGUGUGCUCACGUAUUAAUGAUUGCAGAAAUAGUUUCAUUUGCAAUUCGUGUAUCUGUGACCUUUUGGUUCAUACAUAGUUGUUUUUAUGUUAAUAUGAUAAGUUAGAGAAAGUUAUUACCAGUCAUUUAAAGAUAGGAGACGUUUUUGCUGUGAUUGGUAAACAACAUCAACCAUGACCUUCUAAACAUGCCAUUUUAUAUGAAUGUCAGUGUAUGUUACAUAGUUAUAUCCGUUAUAUGUGUAAUGCCAAACUCAGCUAAUAUCAUUAUGGAAUAAAUGAAUAAAGCUUUGUGAUUACAUUGUAA